AUGGUGGAGCACAUGACAGAGCAGCAAGUUGUAGCCACGUACAAGAGUUUACGCGCUGAAGUGCGACAAUUGGGAGAAAAGAUUGCAGAGCUAGAGGUGGAGACAACGGAAUAUGAUCGUGUGAUUCAAACACUUGAUGAAUUACCAAGGAAUCGUAAAGCUUAUCGUAUGGUCGGUGGUAUCUUGGUAGAACGUACGGUUGAAGACGUACUUCCAGCUGUAAAAGCCAAUCGUGAUGGCAUUAGACAAGUUUUAUCACAAUUGAAGGAGAAUAUCCAAGAGAAGGAGAAAGCAGCAGAUGAAUGGCAGCGAAAAUACAACAUCCAGGUGCAACAACAAUAA